GUGGAAUGUGGGUCACCAUGGCAACCGGAUCAGCAGGUGCACCCUCAGGCUGAGGUUCUCGCGCUGGCAGAGAGGAGGGCGAGUGGGCAUGGGGCAGUGCCUGAGGUACCAGAUGCACUGGGAGGACCUGGAGGAGUACCAGGCCCUGACCUUCCUGACCAGGAAUGAAAUUCUAUGCAUCCACGACACCUUCCUGAAGCUGUGUCCUGCUGGCAAGAGCUACAAGGAAGCCACGCUGACGUCAGAGCAGCUCAGCUCCCUGCCGGCCCUGAGGGUGCUGGUCUGUUUCCAAGGCACGAGUCUACAUUUCUUCCCUCAUGCAACUGCACGAAAUCCCAUAGACUGGUCUUCACCCGCUCUCCCACGUGGGCUGAUGUCCAACUUCCUACCCAGGGGCAUGGUUCAGGUGUCCCAGCAGCCGGCCCCCUUCCAUCAACGUCAGCAGAGCCAAGUCAACCCCUUCCGAGACCGCAUCUGCAGGGUGUUCUCCCGCAACGGCGUGUUCUCCUUCGAGGACGUGCUGGGCCUGGCGUCGGUGUUUAGCGAGCAGGCCUGCCCCAGCCUGAAGAUAGAGUACGCGUUCCGCAUCUACGAUUUCAACGAGAACGGCUUCAUCGACGAGGAGGACCUGCAGAGGAUCGUGCUGCGCCUGCUCAACAGCGCCGACGUGUCCGAGGACCUGCUGACCGACCUCACGCACCACGUUCUGACGGAGUCUGACCUGGACAACGACAACAUGCUGUCCUUCUCCGAGUUCGAGCACGCCAUGGCCAAGUCUCCAGACUUCAUGAACUCCUUCCGGAUCCACUUCUGGGGAUGCUGAUCUGGCUGGCAGCCCCGAGGGACGCCACAGGGGCACGGGCACACUGGAUGUGAAGUGUGGCUCUGUGCCUCUCCACCCCACCCCCCCAUCCCUGCCCUGGGUACUGUUUAUUAAACAAAGCUAAAGACAAGCGUUUUCCUUAGCCCUGUGCUGUGUGCCUGGGU